AUGUCCAAUUUUGUGUUCAUGAGUGACAGACAAAAGGGAAUACUUGAAGCUGUGUCUAGGUUAUUUCCAUGUGCUGAACACAGAUUCUGUGUUAGACACAUCCAUGAAAACAUGCAACUUACAUUCAAAGGGAGAGCUUAUAAAGACAUAUUAUGGAAACUAGCAAGAAGCACAACAGUUUUCUACUUUGAGAAGACAAUGGAAGAACUCAAAAGAAUGAACACAAAGGCACAUCUGUGGUUGUCUAAGAUAGACCCUAUACACUGGUCCAGAUCACAUUUCACAGGAAGGGGAAAAUCAGAUGUAUUAUUAAAUAACAUGUGUGAGGUGUUUAACUCUAAGAUUCUAGAUGGUAGAGAUAAACCAAUCAUCACCAUCUUAGAAUACAUCAGAGAAUAUUGCAUGAGGAGAAUAGUUAAUGUGCUUCAAGUAAUUGACAAAACUGAUGGGCCCCUCACACCAUUUGCUACAGAGCUGUUUGAAGAGAUCAAGAAAAGUGCUUCAGGUUGCAGGGUUAGCUGGAAUGGAGGGGAUCAGUAUGGUGUUGCAGGACCAGAAGGUUGGGAUUCCUUAGUGCAUCCAAUAUACCAUCUAGACACAUGGAAACAAGUUUACAACUUCAAGGUGUUUCCCGUAAAUGGCAUGUCUCUUUGGAACAAAUCAAGGGUUCCCACUACAAUCAUAGCACCAAAAUAUCACAAGCCAGUUGGUAGACCAAAAAAGAAAAGAAAAAGAUCUCUAGUUGAGAAAGAGGAUGUGCAGAAGGCAGGCAAGUUAUUGAAGAAAAACCUUCAAGGAUCAUGUGGUAAGUGUAAAGGUAAAGGCCACAACAGCAGGACCUGUACAGGUGUGCUGCCAGAUCAGCAAAACAAGGGUGUGAAGACAAAGACAAUGAAAAAAGGUUGUGAGGGUAAAAAUGUCCAAAAGAAGCAGGGUAGGGGAAAGAAGAAAGCCUGA